AUGAAGCCUGUGCCGCAUGGCGUCUGUGACUUCCUGACGCUGCUGCUGGAGUGUGUGCUGGUCGCCAUAGUGACGGGGGCGGGGCUGUGGGCGUGGCUCCGCGGCUCGGACCUGCAGUAUGGAGCGCAGGGGGCGGGUGUGUGUGCGUGUGUGUGCGGCGCGUGUGUGUUCCUGGCGACCCUGCUGCUGCACCCCGCGCGCUGUGCGCUGGUCGUCAUGGCGCCCACGCUGGGCUGCGAUCAGGGGCGGCGCCUCCUACUGGCCGCGGCCGUCAUCGUCACCCUGCUGCACGCGCCCAGUAACAUGGCCCGCAACACACACACACUCACACACACACUCAAGUGCAGCGCCAAGAACGUGGCGCGUAGUGUUCUGGAUUCCUCGGAGGUGAUGAACAGUGUGAAGGAGGAUGUUGUCGCCGUGGUAACCGCCUACAAGGCCCUGAGUAGCUAUGUGCAGAGUCUGCACUCCUUUAACCAGCACACACACGUCAACCUGACCGCCGUCACACACACAUUCAAGACCGUCACACACCGCCUGGAGAACGACCUCAGGCAGGUGCAGGGGCAGCUCGGGGUCCUAAAGACGGCGGCCCAGAGGCUGCUGGCGGCCAUCUUGGUUUGUCACCUGCUGUGGAGCUCCGCCUCCUAUCUCCAUGGUUACCUGUCCAGGCUCGACUACGACAACGUCUACCUGACGCCCCGACUACGCCAGCUGGCACACACACAGGGGGUCCAGAUAGGCCACACCCCCUUCCGGCAUGCGGUGGACGCUACUGGCUACCGCCUGAGCAGACAGGAAGUGAGGUCGUGUGUCCCUGCGCUGCUAUUGGUCAGCCUCUACUUCCUGUUGUGUGGUGCUCUGGUGGCGCUCGACUUCCUGCUCUACCGGGUGGUCGCCGCGGGCAACGCCUGGAUACGAGAGAUACCUGAUACUAACGUCACACUGGGGGCGAGCUUUAAGGUGAGUGUGGACGUCCCUGUGUGUAAGCUGCUGUAUCAGGACUGCUCGUCUGACGUGCUGGUGUUCCAGAGAGACUACAGCUGGCCAAUCAGGACGGGCGCUGAGCGCUGUGGGGGCGUGGCCUCUCCCCCUAGUGGUGGAGCGGUGGUACUGCUGAUCAUGCUGUUCACACUCAGCUACGCACUGGUGCCCCUACAGGUGUAUGCUCGGCGUCUGCGUCGUGCGAUUGCAGCUUCCUUCUUCGGCCAGCAGGAGCAGCAGAGAGUUCACUUCCUGCUACAGCGCAUCACAGCCAAGGGGGAGGGGCUCUUCACCAUAGCAACCACCUAGCGACCGCCAUAGCAUCGACCGUAGCAACCGCAUGGCGGCGACCGUGGUCACUAUAGAAACAAUCUUGGUCACCAUGACAACUGCACGGGAACUGCAACUUCAUCAUAGCAUCUGCUGCAGCCGUCUUCACCAUAGCAACUGCAUAGCAACAGCCAUCUUCACCAUAGUAACUGCAUAGCAACAGCCAUCAUCACCAUAGCAACUGCAUAGCAACAGCCAACUUCACCAUAG